AUCUUUCAAAGAACAGGUUUACUGAGAUUCCUCCUGAUAUCUGGCUGUUUGCACCACUGGAAACUUUAAAUUUGUAUCACAACUGCAUCAAAUCCAUUCCAGAGUCUAUUAAAAACCUGCAAAUGCUUACCUACCUUAAUAUUAGUCGAAAUCUUUUAUCAACAUUGCCAAAAUACCUGUUUGAUCUUCCACUUAAAGUUCUGGUUGUCAGUAAUAAUAAGCUGGUCUCCAUUCCAGAAGAAAUUGGGAAGUUGAGAGAUCUAAUGGAGUUGGAUAUCAGUUGCAAUGAACUUCAGGUUCUUCCCCAGCAGAUAGGAAAAUUACAGUCACUUAGAGAGUUGAACAUGAGAAGAAAUAAUCUCCAUAUGCUGCCAGAUGAAUUAGGAGACCUUCCCUUGGUGAAGCUGGAUUUUUCUUGUAAUAAAAUUACAGAAAUUCCAAUUUGUUACAGGAAGUUACGUCACUUACAAGUUAUAGUUUUGGAUAACAAUCCAAUGCAGAUACCACCAGCACAGAUAUGUUUAAAGGGUAAAGUACAUAUAUUUAAAUUCCUCAGCAUUCAAGCGUGCCUCAGAAUAGAUAAAAAACCGGAUUCUUUGGAUCUUCCAUCAUUAGGUAAACGAAUUCCUUCCCAGCCGCUUACAGACAGCAUGGAGGACUUUUAUCCCAAUAAAAAUCAUGGACCAGACUCCGGCAUCGGAAGUGAUAAUGGGGAUAAAAGAUUGUCCACAACAGAACCGUCUGAUGAUGAUACAAUCAGCCUUCACUCCCAGGUAUCAGAAUCAACAAGGGAACAGACAUUAAGGAAUGACAAUCAUGUAAUGGGAAAUAAACUUGAUCCACAGAAAGACCAGGAGGUGUAUGACUACAUUGAUCCAAAUGCAGAAGAGGGAGCUGUUCCUGAGCAAGGAGAUGUACACAUUGGACCAUUGCUGUCUUAUAUCAAGGAACGAGGAAAACAUUCUGAGAAAUCGCAGAAAAUAGAACAGUGUGAGGACUGGGGAGCUGAAAAAAGACUUCAGAAAGAACGGCUGCUGGCUGAAGAUGAUGAUGAACUCAAAGAAGUGACUGACUUGAGAAAAAUAGCGGCUCAGUUACUGCAGCAGGAACAAAAGCACAGGCUUCUUAAUCAUUCAGUUUCAGUAAGCACAAGGAACAGGCCAAAGCAGCCAAUGGAAUCUGAAAAAUG